ACUCCCACUUUGUCCUUGUCUCCUCUUCACAGAGGACUCCCAUACGACAGAGGAUCACAAGAAGAAGUCCAGCUCCGCGUCUCCUCUAUUGCUUUGUACAACUAUACAUGUGAGGGAAAAAGAGUCUCCUCAGUUGGGUCCUUCCAAGUUUCUUCAGUUGCUUGCAUCCCCAGAACAGAAAACCCGAGAAAAGCAAAGUCAAGUCCCCCCACCCCCAACUCUUAUCUCUCUCUUCCUUCACUUUAUUUUUGGCAAAUUCAAAUUCCUGCAUUGAACCAAGGAAAAGGGCUCAAGAAAAUCCAUCAACCACAAUUGUUUUGCAUCAUUGCCUCGCUCCUUGUACAGCUGUUGUACAAUCAAAGGAGGGAUACUAAUAGGCAAUUGAUGUCAGAGGGUUGAUUUGAGUAUUGCGGUGGUGUCGGUGUUCUUAGCAUUGGCGAGUUUGCUCAAAUGUUUUUUCCCAAAUAAUCAAUCUCCUAAUAAAAAAAACAUCAAUAUAUUCUUACCGUUACUUUCUCAACUUGAUUGAUAACUUAGCCGCUGGUGACAAUGCUGGGGUUUAGUGCAGCUGUUGCCUCUCCUUCCCCUGUCUCGACUGACGCAGCCGUCCUAGCCGCCCCUCGCGCUCCACGCGCCGUCGCUGCUCUUCCCCUCUUCGUUCGAAUAACAAAUACCAUCUCUCCUUCCAACCUGGAGUAUCUGUCUUCGUCGACGACGUCGUUAAGGUCCAAUAGUUGUUCUUCAGUUAAAGCCAUGGCUGAAGCUGGAGCUCUUUCAGCACCCACGACACCCGCGCGUGGGAGGAAGCACGCUUUGAUUUCGCUAUCAGAUAAAACGGAUGUGACUGUCCUUAGCAGCGGACUUCAGGAACUGGGGUACACAAUUAUUUCAACUGGAGGAACAGCAUCUGCUUUGGAAAGUGAUGGUCUAUCUGUGACUAAAGUGGAAGAUCUCACUGGUUUUCCUGAAAUGCUUGAUGGUCGUGUAAAAACUCUGCAUCCUAGCAUACAUGGGGGUAUCCUUGCUAGGAGAGAUUUGGUGCAUCACAUGGAAGCCCUUGACAAGCACAAGAUUGGUACAAUUGAUGUAGUGGUGGUCAAUUUAUAUCCAUUUUAUGAAAAAGUUUCCUCUUCAAGUGGAAUAUCUUUUGAAGAUGCAAUUGAGAACAUUGAUAUUGGUGGCCCAACCAUGAUAAGAGCUGCCGCAAAGAAUCACAAGGAUGUUUUGGUGGUGGUUGAUCCAGAAGACUACCCUGCACUUCUAGAGUUUCUUCGUGGAAAGCAAGACAACCAACAAUUUAGGAGAAAGCUGGCUCAGAAGGCUUUCCAGCAUGUUGCCUCUUACGACACUGCAGUUUCAGAGUGGUUGUGGAAGCAAACAUCAGAAGAUAAGUUUCCUCCCAAUAUGACUGCGUCUCUCUCACUCAAAAAUGCACUUCGGUAUGGUGAAAAUCCUCACCAGAAGGCUGCAUUUUAUGUUGACAAGUCUCUUGCUGAGGUUAAUGGUGGUGGUAUUGCAACUGCUAUUCAACACCAUGGAAAGGAGAUGUCAUAUAAUAACUAUUUAGAUGCAGAUGCAGCGUGGAAUUGCGUGUGUGAAUUUAAUAGACCUACUUGUGUCAUUGUGAAACACACAAAUCCUUGUGGAGUUGCUUCACGUGAUGAUAUUGUUGAAGCAUAUAGACUGGCGGUGAAAGCAGAUCCAGUGAGCGCUUUUGGUGGUAUUGUAGCCUUUAAUGUGGAAGUUGAUGAGGUGCUGGCUAAGGACAUUCGAGAAUUUAGAAGCCCAACUGACAAUGAAACUCGAAUGUUUUAUGAGAUUGUUGUUGCACCCAAGUAUACCAAAAAGGGGCUAGAGGUUCUUCGUGGAAAAUCCAAGGCUUUGAGAAUACUUGAGGCAAGUAAAAAUAGUAAAGGAAAACUCUCGCUCAGGCAAGUUGGUGGGGGUUGGUUAGCUCAGGAUUCAGAUGAUUUAGUUCCUGAAGAUAUCGAAUUCAAAUCAGUCUCUGAUAAGGCUCCACAAGAAAGUGAGCUUUCUGAUGCACGGUUUGCAUGGCUCUGUGCGAAGCAUGUCAAGAGUAAUGCCAUUGUCAUUGCAAAGGACAAUUGCAUGUUAGGUAUGGGAAGCGGGCAACCAAACAGGUUGGAAAGCUUCAGGAUAGCUUUAAGGAAAGCUGGGGAUGAAGUCAAGGGAGCUGCUUUGGCUAGUGAUGCUUUCUUUCCAUUUGCCUGGAACGAUGCUGUUGAAGAAGCAUGUCAAAGUGGGAUAAGCGUCAUUGCGGAGCCUGGAGGUAGCAUCAGAGAUGUCGAUGCUAUCGACUGCUGUAAGAAAUAUGGAGUAUCCCUGCUUUUCACCAAUGUGAGGCACUUUAGGCAUUAAAAAAGGAAUUUUGAGUUUUAGAAGUGUUGCAUGCCUUGAGGAGCAAUUUCCAAGCUCGCAGCCAAAAUUAAGGCCUGAAAGCUUUGGUAGUUAACCGAAUAGUUGAUAAAUCGACAAUAUUGAAUCUUCUUAUAUUUAAUUUGGCCGGUUUUCAAAA